AUGUGUGACGCCAGCGAUUUCGGCUUGGGAGCAGUUCUUGGGCAGCGAAAAGACAAAGUCUUCAGAACUGUUUACUACGCUAGUAGAACUCUUACUCCGGCACAAGCCAACCACACAGUGACGGAGAAGGAGAUGCUGGCAGUUGUAUUUGCAUGUGACAAGUUUCGUUCAUAUCUAAUAUGCUCCAAAGUCACAGUAUUCACUGAUCAUUCAGCAAUCAAGCAACUCUUUGCUAAGAAGGAUGCCAAGUCAAGACUAAUUAGAUGGGUAUUGUUGCUCCAAGAAUUUGACCUUGAGAUCAAGGACCGGAGAGGAAGUGAUAACAAGGUGGCUGACCACCUAUCUCGAUUAGAGAGGGCAAGCCCACAAGAAGGAGAUCAUAUUAAGGAGACAUUCCCUGAUGAGCAGCUUCUGAUGAUCUCUGAAAAACAAGCUCCUUGGUUUGCAGAUAUUGCAAACUACUUGGUUGCCGGAAUAGAGCCAUACCACUUGAUUCACCAAGGGAGAAAGAGGUUCCAUCAUGAAGCUAAGCAGUAUUUCUGGGACGACCCUUUGCUCUACAAAAGGUGUUCUGACCAAUUACUUCGAAGGUGUAUCCCUGAAGGAGAACAACAGAAAAUACUGGAGCAAUGCCACAACUCCCCUUAUGGAGGACACUUUGCUGGAGCAAGAACAGCAGCUAAAGUGCUGCAGUCAGUUGACUAUGUGUCGAAAUGGGUAGAAGCUGUUGCUACCCCCACCAAUGAUGCCAGGUUGAAAUCAAGAUGGGAGGGACCUUAUGCAAUCACUGAAGCACUUCCCAAUGGAGCAUUUACUAUUGCUCAUGAAACAUCUGGAGCAACGCUCAGGGUAAAUGGACACAGACUCAAAAAGUAUAAUAGAGGGAUCAAGGAGCAUGGGAGACUGACUUCUCAUCUUGAUGACCCAGCUGAAGAAGCUAGUUUUGGGGUUGCUCUUGAGCAACCUGACCCCAAAAGUAAAGAGCAACCAACACUUAGAAUUUGA